UACGGAAUGCCAGUAUAUGGUCACCCCUCUGAUUCUGCUGAACAAAGUGGGAAGUUUAGAAUUGAGGUUGCGACAACUUUUAUCGUACCACCAUCAAAGGUUGUGCGCCACUGUGUAUUUUUGAAAUCCUAGCGGGUUGCAAUGGAAAUACCUUGGAUUGAGAAAUAUAGGCCGAGCUCGAUAGAAGAUCUUAUAAGUCACAAUGACAUAUCAAAAACUAGUAUUUCUUAUUAAAUUCAACUGCUGUUGUAGUAAAGAGAUUUAUUGAUAAUGACAGGCUACCACAUUUACUGUUUUAUGGUCCACCGGGAACGGGAAAAACUAGCACUAUCCUAGCUGCCGCAAAGCGUUUGUACUCUCGUCAGUUUGCAUCCAUGGUUUUGGAGCUUAAUGCCUCGGAUGAUCGGGGGAUUGAUGUUGUUCGUGAACAAGUACUGAGUUUCGCCAGCACGAAAACUCUCUUCGCUGGGAAAUUCAAGCUGGUUAUUUUAGACGAAGCUGAUUCCAUGACAAAAGACGCUCAGAAUGCACUUCGAAGAAUUAUCGAAAAAUUUACGGAAAACACCCGAUUUUGUUUAAUUUGUAACUACUUGUCGAAAAUUAUCCCUGCAAUCCAAUCACGGUGCACCAGGUUCCGUUUUGCACCACUGCCCUUCAAUGAUGUCAGUGUGUGUCUUCGAAAAAUUGCAUCAAAUGAAGGCGUCGAUUUAACAGACGAUGGAGUAAAAGCAAUUUAUCAGUUUGCAUCUGGGGAUAUGCGUAAAUCUAUCAACUUAUUGCAGAGUACAUCUAUGUCUUCAAAAACUGUCGACGGAACUUCUGUCUAUGCUUGUGUUGCAUAUCCUUCACCGGCUGAGGUUCGAUCGCUAUUGGAUCAUGUACUGAAUGAACCGAUCAGUACUGCUUAUCACAAUAUUACAACAGUAAAAAAUUUGAAAGGAAUUGCAUUGCAAGAUAUAAUUACAGAAAUUCAUCCAUUGAUAAUGCGUAUUGAUUUGCCGGAUGCAAUACGCUGUGAUUUAUUAAUUGCGUUAUCCGAUAUAGAAAAUCGUAUGUCACAAGGAGCAUCAGAAAGAUUACAAUUGGGUGCAUUUGUUUCAGCAUUUAUUCGAGCAAAAAUGGCAUUAGAGUCCAAGAUUCCCUAAAAGCAAGAGUUCUCCAUUUCAAUUUUGUUCUCAUAUUUAAUAAAUCAAUCUUUGCAA